AAUUCACCUGUUUGUAUGAAUAUCAGAGCCAGGGCUCCACCUAGUGGUGUGGAUGAAUCAUUUCUUACAUCCUGCCACUGACUAGACAGGAUACACAACAGGCAGGAACUACGUAAUGUAAUGUGACGAUAUAAAGCUACUUUUGUAGAGUUGAAAAACUACAGUACAUAGAACAUGGAUAAUCAAUAUGGGUAUUCCGGGGACGUGUACAAUCGGCAUGUUCUUGGGGAGGACAGCUCUGUAAUGGCUCGCAUGCAGAAGAAGUUCUGGAAAACCAAGCAGGUUCUCAUCAAAGCAACGGGGAAGAAAGAAGAUGAAUAUGUGGUGGCAUCGGAUGCAGACCUAGAUGCAAAACUGGAGUUUUUUGGAUCUGUUCAGACAACUUGCACAGAACUUCUGAGGGUUUUUGAGAAGUACCAGCAGAGAAUAAACUGUUUAUCCCAGGAGGAGAACGAGCUGGGGUUGUUUCUCAGGUUUCAGGCAGAGCGGGACAAAACCAAGGCAGCCAACAUUAUGGAUGCCACCAGCAAGGCAUUGUGUGCAUCAGCAAAGCAAAGGAUAACGCUAUGCACUUCACUGCACCGGAUGGAACAGGAAGUGGAGACGUUCCGGCGACGCGCCAUCGCUGACAGCUUGAUCACUGUGGACCGCAUGGAAAAGGCCCGCACCGAAUACAGGGGCGCCUUGCUCUGGAUGAAGGAUGUCUCUCAGGAACUGGAUCCAGACACUUACAAACAGCUGGAGAAGUUCAGGAAGGUCCAAGUGCAGGUGAGAAACACCAAGACACAGUUUGAUAAACUGAAGAAUGACGUGUGCCAGAAAGUAGACGUUUUGGGAGCAAGUCGCUGCAACAUGCUUUCACAUUCCCUUGGCACCUACCAGACCGCACAGCUGCACUUUUGGGAGAAAACAGCCCAGAUGAUGUCAGAAAUCCAAGAAGAUUUUAAAGGUUACAUACCAUAUGAGUUCACUACUCUAAAGGGUUUACAAGACCCACUGGGCCAGUUAACAGAAGAUCAAAAAAAUGAGAAGACUGAGGAUUCAAUAGCUAACGACCUAGAUAAAUUGAUUUCACUGGAUGAAGAAAAUCCCACAAAAUCUGGAACCGAUGCCCAAAGUGCCGACACCCAAAGCAAAGACAGUGACAGUUCCUUAUUCCCAAGCCUUGACAGUGACGGGCAGAGUGGAGUGGGAGAGACGACAGCAAGCAAGGCUGACCAGGAUCUGCCCCUGAGCCCCACAUCACUUGAGGCAAAGCGAGCAUCCAGCAGUGAGGUCAAGCAGUUCAAUGAGACGGUCCCGAAGGACCAUUUCGCUGACCUCCAAGAAGGAGAGGAUUCCGACAGGAAUGACAUGUCCUUCCUGAAGGACCUGCUGAGCCCGGGGCCUCUAGGGUCUGACGAGUUCAGCCGGGAGUGGAAUAAUGCAUUUGGAAGCUUUGAGCCCAGUCCUGCCCCAGCAUCCGGACCAGCCUCAUCACCAGAGCAGCCUUCGAGCCCGACCGGAUUCCUCCCCUCCCAGCUCCUCGAUCACAGCCUCAGCGCAACAGGUUGGACAACACCACCCAUGUUUCAAGCACAGCCCAUGCAGACCCCUCGGCCCUCGUCUCAGCCGGCGAUCCUGCCAGUGCCUCACCAGAACUUGCCAAAGAUGCCACAAAAGGCCUCAAAGAGCGCUCCUCGAGACAUGUCGGCCUGGUUUAACCUGUUUGCUGACCUGGACCCCCUUUCAAACCCGGAUGCCAUUGGCCGCACUGAUGAUGAGCUGCUGACUGCCUGAAGAAGAUUGUGUCCCACAGUCAGACGUGUGUGAAAUUGCUGUUUUAACACCAUCAGUGCUGUGUACCACAGGAAUCGCUGCUUUCCUGAGGGGAUUGCACAAAUAGACAUCAAUUUAUUUCUUUGGGAGUGGGAGCAUUUUUUGAAACCAGUAAUGCUGGUGUAAUCAAGAUGCCAAAUUAACAACCUUCAGUAUUAUACUCUCCCUAUACUAUCUUUGUGGUGGUAGAAGAUAUAAUAUAUAAUGUAGUUAACAAAAGGGAAACAUUUGCUAAUCAAAUGUUCAACCUUGCAAAUGUCUUGCUUUCAUGAAGAGGUUACAGUUAACAUUUUUGAUCCAUAAGUCUGUCACUGAAAGAGCUGUUCUCCAGCAAGCCAUUUUGAUAUAUCCCACCCAUCCGUAAACCUAGGAACAAGAAAGUGCCCCCAUAAGGGAUGAAUUAAACCCUGUAUCACUGAGGUUUCCUUAUUUCUACUAAUAACCCAAAGAAACACUUGCAUCCCUAAGAAGUGGUAUUCUUGGUACACAGCCUGUGUGUUGUCUGUCUAUAUGCAGAGUUAUUUACACUUUCAUGUGUGUAUGUUGUAUUGUUUAGAGAUACCGUUUUUUUAUGCCUUUUCAGUCCAUGGGGUGCUUUGCUACUCUGAGGCAAGGAUAUUCCAGCUCUCUGGGCUUCACUCAUUACCACAGAGGUGUGCUUCUGGUUGAAUUUUCCUGUCCAAUCUGUGUUGAGGAUCGGUAUAGAUUCUCUAAUCCCUUCCAAAACUUGUUUCUUUCAGGAAACCUGCCUUGAUGUAGAUGACUUUUUUUUUUUACUCAGAUUUAUCCAGGAAAGUUUCCAGAAUGCACAGUGACUGGCUAAACAUCUGGCUUAGUAGGAUAUUACUAGCUUAAUAUUUAAACCUCUCUGUUGUGUGUGUGUGUGUGUAUACUUUUAUAAAUCUAAUUAAAAAUAAACACUUACCAUAAAUCAAUCAAUAAAAUAUUACACGCUAGGUCAUAGCAUAAUGCAUUAACUAUAACUGGAACAUGGUCUCAUAACACACAUCGAAACACUGGACUGAAAAGGCAUACCGAUAUGUUUAUGGAUCAUUUGCCUUUUUGGUUCUUCUGUGUCUUCAAACAGAGAAACUGUGAUUUUAACUGAAAUGAAGCAAUUCACUAAAAUAGAACUUGAAGAAUACAACAGCUGAAAUGGUAUUUUAGAAAAGAAAACUUUUGUGACCAACGUUAACCGUUUCCCUGUUUUCAUUACCGAAAAUACAUUUUACAUCCCUCAGUAAUACAUCUGCAGUUACAGGCUUCUGAUGACUCCUUCAGAGCAACCUGCAAAGACAGACACUGACUCAAUACUGUCUUACAUCAGUGAGUACCUCCUAGUUCUGUAUAAAGAGGGAAGAAAAAAACACUAAAUAUUGGCUAGACAAGACAGCGUUGCUGAGAGCAAUGAAAAUAUCAUUGCUUUUGUAUCUUCUCAGCUAGAUGAUGUAGUAAUAGUAGUGGUU